AUGAGCCUCUGUCCGCUUUUUUGCCUGGACCUGAGUCAAUUCUAUGAAGCAGCGAGCGGUCCCUCGCUGCCCGUGGUGGCAAAAUCGGGCCACCGGUCCUCAGACUCCAGGGAUGAGGCUCUAAGGGACAAACGUGCCCAGAUCCUGUCGCGCGGGCUGCCGAAACAGAAGCCCAUAGAAGGAGUGAAGCAGGUGGUGGUCAUGGCUUCUGGAAAAGGGGGAGUUGGAAAAUCAACAACAGCAGUAAAUGUAGCCCUCGCCCUAGCAGCAAAUGAUUCGACAAAAGACGUUGGCUUGCUUGAUGCAGACAUAUAUGGACCUUCAAUUCCAAAGAUGAUGAACUUAAAAGGAAACCCAGAAUUAACACCAAAAAAUCUAAUGAGGCCCCUUAAGAACUAUGGAAUCGCAUGCAUGUCUAUGGGUUUCUUGAUAGAAGAGACUGCCCCGGUUGUGUGGAGAGGGCUCAUGGUAAUGUCAGCUGUCGAGAAGUUGUUGAGACAGGUUGACUGGGGUCAACUGGACUAUUUAGUAAUCGACAUGCCACCUGGGACUGGAGAUGUACAGCUGUCAGUCUCACAGAAUAUUCCGGUUGCAG